UCUGUUUAUGAAGUGCGGAGACUACCCUGUAAAUGUGCUUGCCAUCUACUCUCAUCCAUCACCAUCGUCACCCUCUUCCUGCGCUUCCACUUGAAAGUCUUCUUCAAGCGUUAGGUCACCAUUUGAAUUGCCUCGAAACGAGUGGGACUGGGAACACACUCAACCUACCCUGAAUCCAAACCACCAUGAUUCGACCGGAGGAACUUGACAUUGACGAAAAUUCUCCUCUUUCCCCACAAAGGACCGUUUACAAAGGGACCUAUAAGGACGAUGUGGUUGCGGUCAAGAUAUUGGCAGAAGGAGUCACACCAUCGAACCUUCAUGCAAGGACAGCUAAUUGGAACACACUAAUUCACCCCAAUAUUCUGGGGUUCAUCGGGGCUUGCAGUGUAGACUCUGACCCCCUGUUUAUCGUUACAGAGUAUCAAGAAUUGGGAAAUGUCCAAGAAUAUUUACAACAACACCCAAACGUCGAUCGGCCACAACUGAUUUUGGACGUCGCUUGUGGGAUGCAGUUCCUUCACUCGCGCGGUUUUACUCAUGGAAACCUCAAAACCUCCGAUAUCCUCGUCAAUGCCUCUGGAGGAGCAUGCAUUGCCGAUUAUUGUAUGACAGAAAUUCAAGCAAGCAAAAGCAACGAAGGGCAUCGGUAUUUCAGCCCAGAAGCAUGGAAAGGCACGACGUCCAAGGCUUCGGAUGUAUACGCUUUUGCUAUGUGUGCACUCGAGAUAUUCACUUCAACGCCACCUUGGGGAGUCCUUCCCGAGAAACAUAUAGUCCGCAUGGUUGUUCAUGAAGAUACUCGUCCUGAUCGUCCUGAUUAUGCCCUCUCGAUCAGAGUGGGAUUAAACGAUCAGAUGUGGGAUAUUAUCGAAGAAUCGUGGUGUAAGGAACCAAGACUGCGACCUACUUUUGAUAUCAUCGUGAGGUUAUGGCAAGCAGCAAUCAGCGGAGACUUGGGACUGGAACAAACUCAGAACCAACUCAAAGCACCACAGACUUCGAACCGCGCAAAAACUUCUAGUCCUGAACAUUUCGAGGGUGACGGUGAAGAUGCUCCCCCUCCUGCCUAUUCAGCGGGAAGUAAUCCGAGCGUCGCCGAUCAAGCUCAUCGAAAUCGGGACGCGAAAACACGAAUGGGUCCUUCUGGCCCAUCUCAUCGACAUACGGGACCCAGGGUGGUUAACGUAGGGUCAGAGGUGGAGACUCCUGGCUAUGGACCUCCUACUCCACCAUUGUCGAUUGGUCGGAAUAAGACGCCACCCAGCGGCAGCAGCUCAUCUACGCGAUAUUCUCAACGGACUUUUAACGCGAUACCGGCAAAAGAACAGUCAUAUCACUCUCCUCCUCCCAGUGCACCUCCCAUUAUUCAGACAUUUUCAAAUUCUCCCCUCCCUCCUCCAAUAAAUGUAGAGCUGAGCACUCCGACAAUGAGGCAGUCGUUGCCUCCCAGUCUGGUGUCUGGUCGAACCACCGCUCAAUAUCGAGAUCAAACCCAACCUCAGGAAUAUGGAUACGUGCAACCUAGCCAUGAAGAGAGAGAUGAUGAUAUUGGAAUGUCUCUCUAUGCUUCUACAUCUCCUGGUUCUGUUCUCAGAAGAGGGACUGCCGCGUAUCAGGGAGAGGAAAUUGGAUAUGGAAGUGAUGGAAUGGGACAACAAACAAGCUACGAUAAUAGAAGGUCGCUUGUGCCAAGCCACGCAGGCGUUGAACGGAGAACAAGUAGAAUGGCUCCCAGCACGUAUUCAACGGACUCACAAACUACGUUGGGAGUGCACAGAAGGUUAACACAGACAUUUUCUGGGAUGAACCUUGAGGAUAUGCAAUCGAUUAGUGAUAUCGGAAGUGUCAACGGCUUGUCGAGAAUCAACCCAGUGCUGGUAGUGGGUGCACUGCAGGCUGAAAUAAAGGCUGGGCAAAACCCUCAAGCUAUAGAUGAACACCUAUUGAAGAUUGACCAGUUGUCGUCUCAAAGCGAGAAAGCGGCCCAAAAGUUCAUUACAGCCGGUGUGAUGCCGACAUUGAUUCUGCUGUUGAAGAGACGUGCGGUCUCCGACGAUCCUGGAUUGGAUACGGUGCUCAUGACUCUUGGAACCCUUGCUUGCGACUCGGUGAGCGCCAAUACCAUCUAUCGCACAGAUACAACGUCUACUCUCAUCGAAUUGUUUACAACGUCCGAGUCGGAUGAUAUUGCGGGGUUGUCCGUGUGGAUUCUUUGUCGGAUGAGUCGAACACCCGAGAUUGCCCAAGGACUCAUCAAAACUGGGUUGGUGAAGCAACUCAUCAGUCGGGGAUUGAGAGGUGGUCCAAGGGCGGCAGCUCUUUCAGCAUGGUGCAUUGGAGGCCUUGUUCACACAGAUUCCAUCGCAGAUAAUCUGGCAGACCAACAUUCUGUUAUACCGGAUCUCGUUGACCACUUGAGGCACACGACUAACCUUGGAGUAAACGCUACAGCCCUUGACAUUUCAUCAGGAUUGUUUGCUAUUGCUCGAAUGGCUAGGUCGAUACGGCUGGCUAAAGCAUUGGCCAAGGCGGGAUGUGUGGAUUUACUGGCUCAUCAUUUGAAUACGUCGUCCGAUCCGAACAUAUUAAAUUGGAGUGCUAGAGCCGUCGGGUGCUUGAUGAGGCCGAAUAGUAGUGAUAUGUCGAAGAUUCUUCUGGAGAAGGGUGUUGCUGGAGGUUUGGCUCGAAUGCCCCGUAUUCUGCCACAGGAUGAAGUGAUGCCUUUAGCAUCGUUUGCGUUUGCAGUUCAAAGGUUCAGCUGCGCUGAAUGGGGGGGAGGAACAAGAAAAGCACUGGUUGACGCUGGGGUUGUUGACUCGUUGUUGGCUGCGUUGAGAACGGCGGCAGAUGAACCGUAUCCUCAAGUACACAUCGAACUGGCAUUGGCUGUCAGCUUCUUAGGAGAUGUUGGAGGAUCCGCAAUUAGGAAGGAGAUUGUCAAUGCGGGCGGGGUGAAGAUUUUAAAGGAAAUUGCGAGGGAGGCAGUGAACGGGAAGAUUGGGGCGGGAAGGGGUGAUGAAGUGGCGAAGGCUUGUAAUAUGGCAUCCACCAGUAUUGCUGGGAAUAUCUGGACGAGAAACGCUGCGAGCGCGAAGACUGCUAUGAAUCACAAUUGGAGUGGAGGAUGUCCUGAAUACCAACCGCCGUGUCCAUUGAAAUUCCAGUUGCAGUUUGACCCCAUGACAGCCACGUAGUUCCAACGAGGGGAGGAUGGGUCGUUGGUGAUGUUUUUUUCUUCCAUUUAUGUGUAAUUAUUGCUACAGCUAUAUCUGGUCUUUUUAAUGUACCUUCAAUGUCAUGUCUUUCGAAUGCUAGGGCGAACGGCGGAC